AUGGUAAACAACGAAAAUGAAAAGAUGUCAGAAGAUCCGGAUGAUGGAAAAGCACACGCACUAGCGCUGUCGCACCGUUACGUAUAUCGCGAUAAAGCUGAAUACCAGCUAGUCAAGAAAGUGGCGGAAAUAAAGAUCGGCGAAGGAGCCCGAGUGCUCCGUGACGAGCUUUACUUGAUUAAAGUCGACAGCGCUAACAGAGCCGCAGUUCUGGACGAAAAAGAUGAGAUCCGAGCUAGAGCUAUAGCGGCCUUU